AUGGCAUCUUACGAAGAGGACCACAAUAUUUCUACUUCUUCGCAGACAACUUCUGCUAACUCUGCUCAAUCAGCUCCACAGAUAAACCCCAAUUUUACUUCUUUUUUUAAUUUAGAUCGCGAUGGCGAUGACCACACAGAAGGUCGCCACCGUACACUUCAAAGUUUUCUUGAAGAAGAAUCUGAAAACGGUUUAAAUGAUGAAUCAUACCGUAUGCGUGUAAUAAGCGCUUUAACUGGACUUGGACAAACAUCUGAUCUUGCUCAGCAACUUGCAGACCAACUCAGACAGGAAGCUGGUGGAAACACAAUUCAACUACCACGUCAGGCAUUGAAUGGCGAAGAUAUACUAGCUCGUUUAAGUGCUUCUGUAUCUCCGUUUGAAGAAGAAUCUGGGGGUUCCCAAGGCGUAACCCAGGAAUUUUUGGAUCGUCUUGAUCGAGUAUCUAAAAAGUCUUUAAAACCAGAUGAUGCAUGUCCAAUUUGCACUUCAAAGUUUCUCGAUGAUAAAUAUCCUCUUGUUGUGAAUCUACCAUGUAACAUUAAGCAUCGAUUUGAUCUUGAAUGCGUGGGUCCUUGGCUUAAGCUACAUGCUACAUGUCCUUUAUGUCGAACGGACUUUUUGAAGAAAAAGGAACCCCCAGUUCCACAAGAAGAUGACGAAGAAGAAGAUUACGAUGAUUUUUAUAGUUAA